AUGAAAGGCGCACGUGUCGUGUCCUGCUUGAUCCUCCUGUUGGCUUAUGUCCAGAGUUCCGUGUCCGCAAAAAUGAACGUUGCAUCGAACAAUUCUGCUGUUCCCAGAAUUGACGGUGAAGAUGGCUCCGACGAAAAAGUUAUUACGUGCGUCACGAAAUAUGUCAUUAAGGGAGACUUAGAAAUUGACGAUGGAGGGUUUUGUAGCAGCAACAUAGGUUCGGAAUCCCCCCCAGGAUCAUGCAAUGAUACGGGAGCGAACCCAGGAAAUUAUUGUGAUAACUAUUAUGACAUAACUUUACUUGUUGAGGAGUCUAGUUUUAUUCAGAAAGAUUACUGGAAGAAAGGAACGAUCCCCUUUUUAGAAUCCAUGGUUAGGAAUGCUCGAGUGAGUAAGGACAAAGCACACAUGUCCAUAGUUCUCUUUGCAAGAGACUCACGCGUUAUAGUCCCAUUCACUGAUGAACUUAGCCAAGAUAAGGAUAAGUUAAUUGAGAAAGUUCGAGCAAUAAAUGAUGUAGCGACUAGUCCUGACACGCUGUAUGCAUAUGCAUUGGAACACGCCUUCGAGCAUGUUAUUUUUGGGGAGGGUACGAGGAAGGAUGCACCGAAGGUUGUAGUCCUAUUUUACUACGGAUUUGACUAUGGAGCGAAUAAGAGCCUCAUCCCUGACGUGGUGGAAGAUUAUAAAAAGAAGAACAUCAAACUGGUGAUAGUCGGAAUAGCCUUAGGGAACAGGGACAACGCAUACUUGCUUGGGGGCUGUGCUAUCGGUGACAACAACUGUGCGAACGUGAUAUUUAAGCCCUGGGAUUUUGUAAUCCCUGCAGCCGCGGAGGUGAAGAAUAAAAUAUGCAACAAGGAUGAUCCUGCCUCUACGAACUGA